AUGGAAAUGCUUCCUGUCAAACCCACCCACAACUGCACCAGAAAGAAACACACCAAAAACAAGCUUAAAGUCGUCUACAUAUCUUCUCCUAUGAAGGUUAAGACCAGCGUCUCAAGGUUUCGAUCCCUUGUCCAGGAGCUCACAGGUCGUGACUCCGAUAUUAGCCGCUACAAUGUUGAUCGUAAUUGCUUCGAUCCUGUUGCACCAGCCUUGACUCCAACCACGAGUCCACAAGGUGAGAAGGCAGUUGAAAGUGGUGAUGAAAAAGGUAUGUACUUCACUGGCUCGGACUCUCUUCUUGAUGAUGUGGUUGGGGUUGAGCAGUUGGAAGGGAUGUUCCCCUCUUAUUCUUUAUACGAGUCAUGGUUGCAGUAA